UCUAGCUCACAAGAUAUCCGGGAACGGUUUGUCGUUUAGCUCUAUAGAACAUGUGCAGUAUGAAGUUGCCAAGUCAUCAGCUUACGCUUUAUAGCCCUUUAUAAGGAUAUGCAAAUGCAACCUGAUGCACACAAUUCCAUCAUUUAACAGCUUCUUCUGGUUGCCCUCAUUACCAAAAAAGCUUCACAUUUUCAUAAUGGCAGUGCUUGAUCAUCGCCUUGUUCUUGUCUUUGGUCUUCUGGGUAAUGCGUUGUCCUUCCUUGUAUAUUUGGCCCCAUUGCCAACCUUCUAUAAAAUUUUCAAGAAAAAAUCCACACAAGAAUUCCAAUCCUUACCAUAUUCAGUAGCACUAUUCAGUGCCAUGUUAAUGCUGUAUUAUGCGUCUUUGAAGAACGAUGCAUUUAUGCUAAUUACCAUUAACGCUGUCGGUUGCUUCAUUGAAACCAUUUAUCUCGUCAUUUACAUGAUUUAUGCAACCAAGAUCUCCAGGAUUUACACCUUGAAGCUACUUAUCUCAUUCAACUUGGUAACAUGUGCAAUGAUCAUUGUAUUGACGUCCCUGUUCUCUCAUGGCGCUGAGAGGAUGAACAUUGUUGGAUGGAUCUGCGUCGUCUUCUCUGUUUCUGUCUACGCUGCUCCUCUUAGUAUCAUGAGGUUUGUUGUUAAGACAAAGAGCGUAGAAUUCAUGCCCUUCUCACUUUCACUUGCUUUGACGCUCUGUGCUGCUUGCUGGUUUGGAUAUGGCCUUGCUGUGGACGAUUAUUUUAUUGCUUCGCCAAAUGUACUAGGAUUCUUGCUUGGAUUAGUUCAGAUGAUAAUCUACAUGAUCUACAAGAACAAAAGGAAUGAAAUCUUGCCGCAAACCAACUCACAAGAACUAGCAAGUUGCGGGCAUCAAAUGAAAAAUAAUGGAAAUCCAAAUGAUGCAAGCUUGAAUAAACCAGAAGAAGCUGCAAUGGAUGGUGAAAACAAAUCCAACAAAGCAGUAGAAUCAAGUGAACUCCAUGUGUGACUGCUUAUUUAAUUGUAUGAUGAGCAUUGAGCGUGAGUUUCUAUACAAUGUAAUCAUUAACCUGAUCUUCCAAGCUGCUCUAUGAGGUGGAAGAUCGAUAUUGAUCUCAGUUAUACAUACAAUUUUUAUUUUUUUUACUUUGAUUACUAUAAAUAAACACGAUCUAUGAAAUCAAUUGAUGAUUAGGUUUUAGUUUUGUGAUUUUAAUUUUA